AUGAUCCCUUACUCUACCGUCCAAGACGCGUCCGUAGCGUUAGGACGAAAUUUGACUUGGUCCGAGACGGUUUGGUUCGAUUACUCCGCCACAAAAUCCAAUUUUUAUGUGUAUUGCCACACCAUUUUGUUGCUCUUCCUCGUUUUCUCUCUCGCACCUCUUCCACUGGUGUUUGUGGAACUGACUGGUUGGUUCGAUCGGUACAAGAUUCAGCCGAAGGUUAAAUACUCGUUUUCUGAUAUGUUUCGGUGUUAUAAAGAUGUCAUGCAGCUCUUCUUUAUCGUGGUCGGCACAUUACAACUCGUUUCUUAUCCUUCGCUCCAGAUUGUUGGGAUUCGAAUUGGAUUGUCAUUACCAUCCUUAAUGGAGUUAGUAGCACAAUUAGUGGUUUACUUCUUGAUAGAAGAUUACACAAACUACUGGCUCCAUAGACUCUUGCAUUGCAAAUGGGGUUAUGAGAAGAUUCAUCGAGUCCAUCACGAGUACACAUCUCCCAUCGGAUACGCAUCGCCGUAUGCACAUUGGGCCGAGGUCUUGAUUCUUGGGAUCCCGACGUUUCUUGGACCGGCGAUUGUUCCUGGCCAUAUUAUGACAUGGUGGUUGUGGAUAACUUUACGCCAAAUCGAGGCUAUUGAGACUCACAGCGGAUAUGAUUUUCCAUGGACUCUGACAAAAUGCAUUCCGUUCUACGGUGGAGCUGAGUAUCAUGAUUAUCAUCAUUACGUUGGAGGACAAAGCCAAAGCAACUUUGCUUCAGUUUUCACUUACUGCGACUACAUCUAUGGAACUGACAAAAAGGAUGAGGCUGAGCAGAAGGGAGGAGUGAAAUACGAUUAG